GUCAGCCAGCAAACUCUGGGCCGCUUUCUUUCCCAAUAUAGGAGUCCAACUGCCAACUAAGGAGUGCAUUCUUCAUAAUAUGUACAAUAUCAUGACUGCUGGCUCCAGGCAACGAUAGAAUAUGCAAAUCUGUAGCAGACGCACUCGCUGGCAGUUGCUUUCCACCCUGAUACGUGGUGUGCAUUAUGGCGUUGACUCAUGGAAUAUCCCUAGGAUGGUUCUCGCCCACUCUGCCCACUCUCAUCUCGGACAACAGUCCAAUUGGAGAACCAAUUGACAUCAGCGAGGUGAAGUGGAUCGGUGCCGCCUUUGGAAUUGGGUCUCUGUGUUGCAAUAUGGUACUUUGCGUGCCGGUCUCGUAUUUUGGAAUUAAGAAGUGCAUGUAUUUCGUGCCCCUACCAAAUAUCAUCAAUUGGAUCUUAAUCUACUUCGCAAGCAAAUCAGUGUAUUUCUAUGUGUGUCGUGUGCUUUUAGGAUUUUCCGGUGGCACUUUGGUGGUUUGCUUUCCCGUAUUUAUCGCGGAAGUAUCUGACAAUAGCAUUCGGGGAACUCUAGGCUCUUUUUUUGUGAUGACACUCUGUGGUGGCAUCACGGUGGGAUUUGUGUUGGUCUAUUGUCUAUCCUACCAUGUGCUGCCGUGCGUCGUCAUUGUCCUGCCAAUUAUUUAUUUGUGCCUCCUCAUUCCUCUUCCUGAGCCGCCACAGGACCUACUGAAACGGGGCCAUGAAGAAAAGGCGGAAAGGUCCUUUUGCUUUUACAAGAAUUUAUCGAAGGAUCCAGGCAAAGAGGGCGAAAUUAAAGCUGAGUUUGCCAAAUUGCGGAAUACAGUUCUCGCCAGCGGCUUAACAGAAAAGUUUACUCGUGCAGAUUUCUUUAACAAGGUCUCAGGAAAAGCAUUUGGGCUGAUCGCCGUUUUGCUGCUCUCCAAUCAGAUGUCGGGAUCCUUUGCCAUCUUCAACUAUGCGUCGACCAUCUUCGAGCAGCUCGGUAGCAGGAUGGAACCUGAUCUAUGUGGCAUAUUUCUGGGUGUUGUACAGAUUUCUGGAUUGAUCAGCGCCGUUUUCCUGGUAGACCGAGUGGGUCGUCGGCUCCUUUUGAUCCCAUCGCUGGCGGCAAUGGGUCUGGCUGAGCUGGGCGUGGGUCUGCUGAAGUCCUUUGCCUCACAGGACUUUCUAGACCGCAAUGGUUGGAUUGGGCUCACCCUAAUGGGCAUUGUGGCUUACACGGCGUCAGUGGGCAUAGUGGCUCUUACCUUUGUCAUCAUAGUUGAGCUUCUGCCCGUUAAGAUCCGCGCCUCUGGCAUCUCCAUCAGUAUGUGCGGACUCAGUUGCUCCGUGUUCAUUGCUCUCAUGACUUAUCCUGUCCUGAUCAACGAUUAUGGAUUGCAUGCCGCAAUGUAUGUGUCGGCGAGUUUCUGUCUACUGGGCUUAGUAGUUCUGGGAAUGUUUUUGCCUGAGACCAGGGGCAUGAGCAUUACCCAAUAAUGCGCUAAUUUCUAAGAAGUGUUAAGUAGAACCGGUAUAUAUA